CCCCACACCAUUUAGUAUUCCCACUCCUCACUUCCUCUGUUUUCCCAUCGUCUCCCCCUCAGACCGGCCAGAGAAGAAGUAAUCUUUUUCUGGCCACUUACAAAGCAUUGCAUUGAUGUUUAAUUCAACAUAAAGGAUCGCAGUGUGUUUUCUGACAACCCUGCUCCUUUUCCCCAUUCGUUUUUGCGUCUCACAGAAGCAAAAUCAAAAGAAAUAUUCUUGCGCUUUUCGCAAAGCGCUAUAUAUACCCUAUCAACAGAUCUCGAUUUUCCGCACUCAAAAAAACAGAGGAAUCAAAAUGGAACGCCUCUCCGUCCACAACGACAUGGCGGAGCAAUUCCAGAUCAUUUGGGGGCAGAUCAAGGCGCCGCUAAUCGUGCCGCUGCUCAACAUGGCGGUGUUCCUCUGCUUGGCAAUGUCAGUCAUGCUGUUCGUCGAGAGGGUUUACAUGGCCGUCGUCAUCACUCUCGUCAAAAUCUUCGGCCGCAAAGCCGAUAAGAGAUACAAAUGGGAGUCAAUGAAGGACGAUUUGGAGCUCGGCAACUCCUCCUACCCGAUGGUCCUCGUCCAAAUCCCUAUGUACAACGAAAGAGAGGUUUAUCAGCUCUCCAUCGGAGCUGCAUGCGGCCUAUCCUGGCCGUCGGAUCGAAUCAUAGUCCAAGUUCUCGACGAUUCAACCGACCCCACCAUCAAGACUAUGGUGGAAAUGGAGUGCCAGAGAUGGGCGAGCAAAGGGAUAAACAUCAAAUACGAAAUCCGCGACAACAGAAACGGUUACAAGGCAGGGGCUCUUAAAGAAGGCCUCAAACAUUCCUACGUUAAACAGUGCGAUUACGUGGCAAUAUUCGACGCUGAUUUCCAACCGGAACCCGAUUUCCUGUGGCGAACCAUCCCUUUCCUCGUCCACAACCCCGAACUCGCCCUCGUCCAAGCUCGCUGGAAAUUCGUUAAUGCCAACGAAUGCUUGAUGACGAGAAUGCAAGAAAUGUCGCUCGACUACCAUUUCACAGUGGAACAAGAAGUAGGCUCAUCCACCUAUUCUUUCUUUGGAUUCAAUGGGACUGCUGGUGUGUGGAGGAUUGCUGCAAUCGAGGAGGCGGGGGGAUGGAAAGAUCGUACAACGGUUGAGGAUAUGGACUUGGCCGUUCGUGCUAGUCUUAAAGGAUGGAAAUUCUUGUAUCUUGGCUCUCUAGAGGUGAAAAACGAGUUGCCUAGCACGUUCAAGGCGUAUAGAUACCAACAACAUCGUUGGUCGUGUGGCCCCGCAAAUUUGUUCAGGAAGAUGUUGUCUGAGAUCAUAAGAAACAAGAAAGUGUCAUUGUGGAAGAAGGUUCAUGUCAUAUACAGUUUCUUCUUCAUAAGGAAGAUAGUAGCCCAUAUAGUAACGUUCGUGUUCUACUGUGUCGUGCUACCUGCUACCGUGUUGGUACCCGAAGUUCAGAUUCCGAAAUGGGGUGCAGUUUACAUUCCUUCCAUCAUCACCCUCCUCAACGCAGUUGGAACUCCGAGGUCACUCCAUUUGCUUGUUUUCUGGAUCCUCUUCGAGAACGUGAUGUCACUGCACCGCGCCAAGGCCACCUUGAUCGGGUUGCUUGAGGCGGGGAGAGUGAAUGAGUGGAUUGUCACUGAAAAACUUGGCGAUGCACUUAAGUUCAAAUCUGCACUCAAAGCUUUCAAGAAACCUCGGUUUAGGAUUGGAGAUAGAAUCCAUUUGUUAGAGCUUGCUAUUGGUUGCUACCUCUUCUUUUGCGGCUGCUAUGACGUUGCAUUUGGGAAAAACCACUUCUUCAUAUACCUCUUUAUCCAGGCAACAGCCUUCUUCAUCAUGGGAUUUGGCUAUAUUGGCACCUUCGUCCCUUCUUGAGGAGGAACUUCUCGUUGCUUGCUUCGAUUAGUGUUUUGCUAAAUUUGGAAGCAUGAUGCAGUCUUGGUUCCCUUUCUCCUCUUUUUUUUGCUCUUGUAUACUGCUCUUUUUUUACAUGUAGAAAGUGAGUGUAUUCUUUUAGGUUUAAGCAUAAGAGUUGGAGCUCAGGGUUGUUGUGGAUUUUGUUUUUUCAUGUGUAUAUUAUAAAGUUGGAUCACUGAAAAUUGAAAUUAUCAUUGGUUUUCUGUAUCAA